UAUCUAUAAUCAAUUCUCUCUUUCACCUGUGUGUACGGACAAAAGGAGGUGAUAAUAGAAGACAGAAUGAGAAUGUAUUUGAAAACAGAAGGAGGUGUUAAUAAAGGACAGAAAAUGCAGUGCUGGAGGACAGAAGGAGGAGGAACUGAAGGAGAAGGAACUGACAGAAGGAGGACUUCCUGGAAGACAGAAGGAGGAGGAAAUAGUGGACGUUCUGGAGGAGAGAAGGAGGUUUUAAAAGAGGACAGAAGGAGGAGGUUUUGAAGGACAGAAGGAGGUGUUAAUAGAGGACAGAAGAAGGUGUUAAUGGAGGACAGAAUUAAGUACUGGCAGACACAUGAAGUUGUUAAUGGAGGACAGAAGGAGGAGGUACUGAAGUAUAGAAGGAGGUGUUAAUAGAAGACAGAAGGAGGAGGUACUGAAGGACAGAAGGAGGUGUUAGUGGAAGACAGAAUGAGGUGUUAAUAGAGGACAGAAGGAGGAGGUCCUGAAGGACAGAAGAAUGUGUUAAUGGAGGACAGAAGGAGGAGGUACUGAAGGACAGAAGGAUGUGUUAAUGGAGGACAGACGGAGGUGUUAAAGGAGGAGGUCCUGAAGGACAGAAGGAGGUGUUAGUGGAGGACAGAAGGAGGUGUUAAUAGAGGACAGAAGGAGGAGGUCCUGAAGGACAGAAGAAGGUGUUAAUGGAGGACAGAAGGAGGAGGUCCUGAAGGACAGCAGGAGGUGUUAGUGGAGGACAGAAGGAGGUGUUAAAGGAGGAGGUCCUGAAGGACAGAAGGAGGUGUUAGUGGAGGACAGAAGGAGGUGUUAAUGGCGGACAGAAGGUAUUAUAUGGAGAAGAUUAGAGAUCAGUGAUUGAUGCAUGAUAUUGUGUGUUGUGGAAGACGGAGGUGUAAAGUGUUGUUGUUGUGGAUCAGUGCAGGAAAGUGUCGGUAGUGGGAGCCAACACGCUGCUCUCAGGUGGCCGACCGGCGGCGGCGGCGGGCCGGGAACGCGCGCGGAUGCCGUCGGAGCGCGCGCCGUGCCCGCGCUGCGCCCAGUCCGUCCCGGAGCUGCAGUGGCUGCCGCUUCCCCGGUGCUGUAACUGUACCUCCGAAUGGCGGCGUGCUGAGAGAAGCCUCGGAAUAAUAACCCGGAGCGGUCUGACGCUGAGGACGGGCCUCCGAGCUCCGGUGCAGGGUGGAGCGUAAAACCCACGCAUGCGAUUCCUGCCGUGUGCGAUAAACGCCGCGCGCCCGGCCCGCACGCGCUCUCCGUGAUUUGCACCUCCGAUCGGGACUAAAUAGGUACCACAAAUAAAAAAUCCCGGACACGCACCGGACCGGGACUGGACCGGGACUGGACCCCGCCAUGGCCGAGCGCAACUCGAGCGGCUUGAUGAUGAUGAUGAUGGUGGAGCCGAGCCUGCCGGCGGAGGUGCGCGAGAAGCUGGCCGAGCUUGAGCUCGAGCUCUCUGAAGGAGAUAUCACACAGAAGGGAUAUGAGAAGAAGAGAGGAAAGCUGCUAGCACCCUACAUACCACAGAUCCAAGGUGUCGACCCGUCUCUACAGACCGAUCCCCGAAUCACAGCAUCCUCUCAGGGGGCUCCUCUCACUUCCAAACAGAAUAAACCCCGAGCAGCCAACUCCCGGGACGAGCGUUUCAGAUCUGACCUGCACACAGAAGCAGUACAAGCAGCUCUAGCAAAAUACAAAGAGAGAAAAAUGCCAAUGCCCUCGAAGCGACGCUCUGUUCUUGUCCAGUCCUCUGUGGAAGCGUGCACACCGCCUGACACCUCUUCGGCAUCAGAAGACGAGGGACGGAUGGCGUCAUCAUCACCGUUCCAGGCACCCAACCCGAAUGUGGAACACUGGUUCAACAGAGUCAUCCAUCACCACUGCUCAUCCACGUCCUCCUCCGCCUCCUCCACUUCAUCCUAUCCUGGUGGGCGCAGCCAUCACAGCACUAACUCCGCCUCAAACUCCGCCACAGCUGCUACUGUUCUGGCCGACGUCAUGGCUCACACACAACUCGAUAACCACUGCGCUCCUCCGGAUGUCACCGGGCUCUCCGAGAGAUCGCAGGUAGCCUCGGUGAGAGGUCUCCCUCGCGGAUACACACACACACACCCGAGCAGCGCUAUGGACACGGCUGACGGUGUCCCCGUGAACAGUCGUGUUUCGUCUAAAAUCCAGCAGCUUUUGAACACACUGAAGAGACCCAAGCGGCCGCCGCUGCGUGAGUUCUUCGUGGACGAUUUCGAGGAGCUCCUGGAUGUCCAGCAGCCAGACCCUAACCAGCCCAAACCAGAGGGGGUCCAGAUGUCUCCUCUACACGGCGAGAUGUUAGACGUAGGGACAAAAUGGCCGCCGUCUCUCCUGGCCUCUCUGCAUCGAUGGGGCACUACGCACCCUAAAAGCCCCUGUCUCACAUCACUGGACAACACGGGCAAACCUCUCUACACCCUUACAUACGGGAAAUUAUGGACACGCAGUCAAAAACUAGCAUACACACUCUUGAACAAACUCAGCUCCCGGAACGAACCACUGCUGCGGCCUGGGGACAGGGUUGCUCUGGUUUUCCCCAACAAUGAUCCUGUGAUGUUCAUGGUGGCGUUUUACGGCUGUCUCAUGGCAGAGUUAGUGCCUGUUCCCAUAGAGGUGCCACUUACACGGAAGGACGCUGGCAGUCAGCAGAUCGGGUUCCUCUUAGGCAGCUGUGGUGUGACUCUGGCUUUAACUACUGAUGUGUGUCAGAAAGGCCUUCCUAAAGCUCACACAGGAGAGGUGGCAACGUUUAAAGGUUGGCCUCGCCUGCUCUGGUUUGUUACUGAUGGGAAGCAUGUUGUGAAACCUCCUAAAGACUGGAAUCCUUCGAUCAGAGACAGCAGCAAUGAGACCGCCUAUAUUGAGUAUAAGACGAGUAAGGAAGGCAGCACCAUGGGCAUCACUGUGUCACACGCUGCCAUGUUGGCCCACUGCCAUGCGCUGACGCAAGGCUGCGGGUACAUCGAGGGUGAGACCAUCACUAAUGUUCUGGACUUUAAGCGUGAUGCAGGUCUUUGGCAUGGUGUUCUGACUAGUGUGAUGAACCGGAUGCACGUGAUCAGCAUCCCAUACUCCCUGAUGAAGGUCAACCCUUUGAGCUGGAUCCAAAAAGUACACACCUAUAAAGCGCGCGUUGCUGUGGUGAAGUCGAGGGACAUGCACUGGUCACUGCUGUCUCAGAGAGAUCAGAGAGAUGUCAGUCUGAGCUCAUUACGCAUGUUGAUUGUGGCAGAUGGAGCCAAUCCCUGGUCGAUCUCCUCCUGCGAUGCUUUCUUGAACGUGUUUCAGGCUCGAGGUUUGAGGCCCGAGGUUAUUUGUCCAUGUGCUAGCUCAGCCGAGGCCCUGACAGUCGCCAUCCGCAGGCCUCCAGAAAUGGGUAUACCUCCUCCAGGUAAAGCGGUUCUGUCCAUGAGCAGUCUGAGUCAUGGCGUGAUCCGAGUGGACACAGAGGAGAAACUGGCCGUGCUCACACUACAGGAUGUAGGACAGGUGAUGCCUGGAGCACUGGUGUGUGUGGUGCGACCUGAAGGAACGCCGUACCUCUGCAAGACGGACGAGGUGGGUGAGAUUUGUGUGAGCUCCUGCACCACAGGCGUAUCCUAUUACGGCCUGCCCGGCAUCACCAAGAACGUGUUUGAGACCAUUCCUGUGACCGCAUCCGGCUCUCCCGUGAGCGAUCGACCGUUCACUCGCACCUCGCUGCUCGGCUUCAUCGGACCGGACGACCUGCUGUUUGUUGUAGGAAAGAUGGACGGUUUGAUGGUGGUCAGUGGGCGGAGACAUAACGCUGAUGAUGUGGUUGCGACUGCACUGGCGGUGGAGCCGAUGAAAUUCGUCUACAGAGGGAGGAUUGCUGUGUUUUCUGUGUGUGUGCUCCAUGAUGAGAGAAUCGUUGUGGUGGCGGAACAGAGACCAGACGCGUCCGAGGAGGACAGCUUCCAGUGGAUGAGCCGAGUGCUGCAGGCGAUAGACAGCAUUCAUCAGGUAGGUGUGUACUGCCUGGCACUGGUUCCUGCUAACACACUUCCCAAAGCGGCACUUGGUGGGAUUCACAUGUCUGAGACGAAGCAGCGUUUCCUGGAAGGAGCUCUUCACCCCUGCACUGUACUCAUGAGCCCUCACACCUGCAUCACCAACCUGCCCAAACCCCGUCAGAAACAACCAGAGGUGGGUCCUGCCUCUAUGAUUGUAGGAAAUCUGGUUGCUGGCAAGAGAAUCGCUCAGGCCUGUGGCAGAGACGUGACUCAGUUGGAGGAUCAUGAUCAGUUUCUGUACAUGCAGGAUGUUCUGCAAUGGCGAGCUCAGGCCACACCAGAUCACCCACUCUUCCUGCUUCUCAACGCCAAGGGUGCCGUGGCGAGCAGUGCAUCCUGUGUGCAGCUCCAUAAGCGUGCCGAGCGCAUCGCUGUGGCUCUCAUCGAGCGGGGAAGACUGAACCCAGGAGAUCACGUCGCACUUGUUUACCCGCCUGGCAUCGACCUGAUCGCUACAUUUUAUGGCUGUCUGUACGCCGGGUGUGUUCCGGUAACAGUUCGUCCUCCCCACCCACAGAACCUGGCUACAACACUACCCACGGUCAAGAUGAUCGUUGAGGUCAGUAAGUCAGUGUGUAUUUUGACCACACAAGCAAUAAUGAAGCUCCUGAAAUCCAAAGAAGCCUCGGCUGCCGUGGAUGUUAAAACAUGGCCCAUGGUAUUAGACACAGACGAUCUGCCCAGGAAGAAACUCCCACAGAUCUACAAGCCUCCGACGCCAGAGAUGCUUGCGUACCUGGACUUCAGUGUGUCCACUACAGGCAUACUGGCUGGAGUGAAGAUGUCCCAUGCUGCUACCAGUGCCUUGUGUCGCUCCAUAAAACUGCAGUGUGAGCUGUACCCUUCACGACAGAUCGCCAUCUGCUUGGACCCUUAUUGCGGCCUCGGAUUCGCUCUCUGGUGCCUCUGCAGCGUGUACUCAGGACACCAGUCUGUUCUGGUCCCUCCUCUAGAGUUGGAGAGUAACGUAUCAGUGUGGCUCUCGGCUGUGAGUCAGUAUAAAGUGCGCGUCACAUUUUGCUCUUAUUCAGUAAUGGAGAUGUGCACGAAAGGCCUGGGCUCUCAGACCGAAGCUUUGCGACUACGAAACAUCAACCUGUCGUGUGUGCGCACCUGCAUGGUGGUGGCCGAGGAGAGACCCCGCAUCGCACUCACUCAGUCUUUCUCCAAGAUCUUUAAGGACCUGGGCCUCUCACCUCGUGCCGUCAGCACCACCUUCGGCUGCAGAGUCAACGUGGCCAUCUGCCUUCAGCCCAACAGACUGGGCAACCUGGCUGAUCAGGGUACAGCCGGUCCUGAUCCCACCACCGUCUACGUGGACAUGAGAGCACUUCGGCACGACAGAGUACGGCUGGUUGAAAGAGUCCCUCACAGUCUACCACUGAUGGAGUCGGGGAAGAUCCUGCCUGGUGUAAAAGUAAUUAUAGCUCAUACAGAGACCAAAGGACCGCUCGGAGAUUCUCAUCUUGGAGAGAUCUGGGUUAGCAGCCCUCACAACGCCACAGGAUAUUACACGGUAUACGGCGAGGAAGCGCUGCACGCUGAUCACUUCUGCACCAAACUGAGUUUCGGCGACACGCAAACACUAUGGGCGCGGACAGGAUACCUGGGCUUCCUGCGCAGGACUGAACUCACAGACGCCAGCGGAGAACGGCACGAUGCACUGUACGUAGUAGGAUCUCUGGAUGAGACGCUGGAGCUCAGAGGGAUGCGCUAUCACCCCAUUGAUAUCGAAACAUCUGUUAUCAGAUCACACAAGAGCAUCGCUGAGUGUGCCGUGUUUACAUGGACUAACCUGCUGGUGGUGGUGGUGGAGCUGGAAGGCUUGGAGCAGGAGGCUCUGGAUCUCGUUCCCCUCGUCACCAACGUGGUCUUGGAGGAGCAUUACCUGAUCGUGGGCGUCGUGGUGGUGGUUGACCCUGGCGUCAUUCCCAUCAACUCUCGCGGCGAGAAGCAGCGCAUGCACCUGCGCGACGGCUUCCUCGCCGAUCAGCUCGACCCCAUUUACGUGGCCUACAACAUGUAAAACUAGGAAAAAAAAAAGAAACAGAAAUUGAGUCAGGUUCUCCUUCUGCACAUCUUCAUGAUGAACGAACACGAUGGAACUAUGCAGCAUAUGUGUGUGUGUGUGUGUGUGUGUGUGUGUGUGUGUGUGUGUGUGUGUGUGUGUGUGUGUGUGUGUGUGUUGUCCUCUAAGGAAGACUGAUAGAAAACAGUGUCUCCCCAUUUCAUAACUUGACUGCAUUCCAUUUUGGGUUUGUUGUCAUUUUAAAUAUCAGGUUACAGGAAUAAAAAAGUCUUUACAAGUUUCCUUUCAUCUUA